GGAGCCCCUCACUGGAUCCGCGCGCGUCGCCCCUCCUGCCCCGAGCUCGCCGUCUUCCUCUCGCGCCGCCAGCAGCUGCCCCGGCGCGGGCAGCCGACGGGGCCCCGGGGCUGAAGGUAAAACCCCACGGAAGAAACAUGAAGCUCCCCUGGAAAUCAUUCAAGAGGAAGAUGGAAAGGGCUAUCUAAAAGAGACUGAGAGCUGCGGACCGCAAGACUGGGGCCAGAGGGCUGGCAGUGGAAACCCCUGUUGGGUUGCGCUCUCUCACUGAAAAGUCCCAGUGGCCUUUCUCCUUCCUGCCGAAGGAAGGGAGAGAAGGAGCAGACCAUGUCCAUAGCCUUGAAGCAGGUGUUCAACAAGGACAAGACCUUCCGGCCAAAGAGGAAAUUUGAACCUGGCACGCAGAGGUUCGAACUCCACAAACGGGCUCAGGCCUCCCUCAACUCGGGCGUGGACCUGAAGGCAGCUGUGCAGCUGCCCAGUGGGGAGGACCAGAACGACUGGGUGGCGGUGCACGUGGUGGACUUCUUCAAUCGCAUCAACCUCAUCUACGGCACCAUCUGUGAGUUCUGCACCGAACGGACCUGCCCUGUGAUGUCAGGGGGCCCCAAGUAUGAAUACCGGUGGCAGGAUGACCUCAAGUACAAGAAGCCGACUGCCCUGCCGGCCCCCCAGUACAUGAACCUUCUCAUGGACUGGAUCGAGGUCCAGAUCAACAAUGAAGACAUCUUUCCAACGUGUGUCGGUGUUCCCUUCCCAAAGAACUUCCUGCAGAUCUGCAAGAAGAUCCUCUGCCGCCUCUUCCGGGUCUUCGUCCACGUCUACAUCCACCACUUCGACCGGGUCAUUGUGAUGGGUGCCGAGGCCCACGUCAACACCUGCUACAAACACUUCUAUUACUUCGUCACGGAGAUGAACCUCAUAGACCGCAAGGAGCUGGAGCCCUUGAAAGAGAUGACGAGCAGGAUGUGUCACUAACGGCCCCAUCUUACCCUCCGGAAGAAAGAGGAAAGCUGUUUUCCUCCUGGCGGCCCAGGCGGGCAGGAGGGAGACUUCCCAGGCUGGAGAGGCGCGCCUACUGCCAGGAACAGGCCCAGCUGGAGACCAGCGGUGACUCCGGAGAGUGGUUCCCUGCUCACCUCAUGUGCUCUCAACCCUCUGAGUGCUGCUAGCGUGACCUGUGGACCCGCCAGGAGGGAAGGACCACCCCUCGCCCAUCCUGGAGAAAGGAUGCCCCUGCACUUAACACGCACAGCGCAGUUGUGCAGUUCUGCCUGUGACCUGACACCUAAGCUUUGCUGAAAUUCAGGUUUUGCGCCCAAGGUCCUUAUUCUACUUACCUGUCUCCUCAGCCAGCUGCCUUUUCUGUAACGUGUGUUCUAAGUACCCAGUGAAUUUUGGAACUCUGGAUGUACAACCAGUUUUUCCCUAACAAGUCUUCUUGUGCCGUCUUGGCAGACUUUGGCCCUUGAUGCUGUGGUCUCGGCUGGGAGGUGUGACGCCCGCCGGCUCACAGCAUCCGCGCAAUUUCUCCCCAUAAGCAGUUUCACCAGGGACCAUUCCACGGGGCGGUUUGUCUCUGCCCCAAACAGGGUCUGCACUCUUUCACUGCAGGGAAGAGACUGGUCUCUAGCCUAAGGCUGGCUAGUUACCAGUUCACCCUGAACAGAGUAUCUUUUUUUUUAAAAAAAAACGCCAUUCCUUGUCUCUUCCGGUCAAGAUUUUUUUUUCCUGUUUCUCCGAAGAGAGAAAUAAAGGAAGUUAUAAAUGACCAAGAAUGAUCAGCAGAAGCACUGAGCCAGAUUAGUGCAGUGUUUGUUCGUUAUUAAAGGGUGUGGUAACUGUCUCAACGUAAUACUGAGAUUUCAGUUGGGGGGAGGAGGAAAGUACAAUGGGUAAUUUGAUGCCUGUAGCUCAGACACCCAGCCCAUUGUCUUGUUAUCUUCCCAACCGGCUCUCUGAGCUUCUAGAUCCAGUCGAUGUUUUCUUCCUGUUCCUCCACACCCCCACCUCCUCCGCCUACAUUUGACAUUACAAAACAAAGUUAAUUUCUGCCCGGGUGAUGCUCCUGCCAUGGUUGCCAAGGUAACAGGCAAGCUGGAGCCGUCUUCCUUCUUCCAUCCUUGCCAAUGUGUGGAUCCCAGCAGACAGACUCAUUCUGUGCUGCAGCCUGCCUUUUGAAAGCUACCUGACUUUUCGCUGAAGUAAUGUUGCCUUCACUGAUUCCCUAGCAAAACUGUGGUGGUCCCAAGAGUCUGUAACUAGGGGGUGAUGAUACUUCCGGUGAUCAUUUGAAUUUGACAAAAUAGCAGUUGGUGGAGGGAAGUAGAUGAGAAUGUAUUAGUGAAUUUUAAUGUAAUACUGAUUAAAGAAUAACUUAACAACUCUGACUUUGUCUCAUUACAUGUGACAUGUGAAAGCCAUCUGGGGCUGCCACAAGAGCCUGGAAAGGCAUGAAACCUUUUUUUGGUCCAAACUAAGAAAGGACUGACUCACUGGGCACUGUGGCAUUCUUUGUUGACCUAACCCAGCAAACCAACCCUUGCUUUGUAUUUUGUCAAAUGCCGUCUCAUGGAAUUCAAAUGCUGCUACCUCUCUUCAUAUUGUGUUCUGAUCAAGAACAAACAUACCAUUUUUUGGUUUGGUUUUGUUUGCUUCCUAAGUAACUUUGAGAGGACAAGAUAGAGAUUUUUUCAGCAUCAUUUCUGGUUUAAAGGAUCCAGAGAACAGACAGAUGAGCCCAUCUUCCUGACCUAUGCGCUAUGCAGUAAGUGCCACAUGGGAGUGUUGAGCAGUGGGACGGAGAAAUGAUAGCACGGAGCCCAGGUCCUGGAAGGAACCCGGAAGUUUGGCACCAAGGAAAACCACAGGAGGUUUGCUUGAAAAAGCUGACAUUUCAAUUAAUGCCUAAUCAAGUAGGAUGAUGGACUCUGAAGACUUUUGUUAUGAAUUCUUUCGAAGUUUAUUUUCUAUUAACUGUGCAUAUGAAAUUUCCACUCAAUUAAAAAAAAAUCUGGAUUUUUUUUUUUAACUUCUUGGAACAAUUUCCUCAUGGUUAUAUUGUUCAGUACACUUCUAGGAAAAGUGCUGGCAAGACACUCUUAUUUUUUAAUUAUAGAUGGUUCCUAUUCCCACAGAACUUUGUUUGGCAAAUUGUGAAGAAAAUCACUACAGGCAAUUUUUUAUGUCUUUGGCUUGACUACAUCCUGAGAACUUCUGGCAAAUGCAGAUCUGAGCUCCUGUGGCCCUUCCGGCAUCUUCUGCUUUCUGGAUCUGCAGUUGACACCUGGCUUCUUCCUUCUGACCUGGCUGGCUCCCCUCACUUCCCACUAUUAUUUUAAAGUUGAGUAAUACAUGCAUCUAUGAUUUUUUUUUUUUUUUGAGAAAUGUCAAAGUGGGAACUUCAAAAGGAAAAGAUUACAGUGACAUCCAUAUACCCACUGUUGUCAAUCUCUUUAGUUAAUGGAUUAGAGUCCUUCUUUUAUGUAUGUUUGGGGUCUG